AUGUCCUCCUACUUGGCAUCCUUACUCUCAGGGAUUGUUCGGGAGCUGUCCCUCGUCACCCGCGUUCCGCUGAUUGCUGCGGACUUGCUUGUCCUAGUGUUGACAUGGAUGAAGACCUACCGCCAGUACAAAGAAGCAAGAUCAUUGAACAUCAAGUCUCCUCUUGCUACAUGCCUCAUCCAUGAUGGCACAACCUACUUCAUUAUUCUCCUGAUCCUGAAUGUCGCUGAUAUGGCGUCUUUCUACUUCACAUCCAUAACUAAUAUUAUCUCAUUUACAAAUACAAUGCCGCAAAUUCUCGUUUGCCGGCUCAUGAUGAACCUGCGUCAACUCGACCUCAGCAGAUCCACUACUUCCGAAGUUGGGACAUCUCAGCAGCUGGCUUCGUUGCGCAUGUCAAAAUUUGCCAACAACGCAACACCAAACUUCAUAGGAAACAUGGGAGAACCACUGAACUACGACCGGGAUGACGGGGAGGACGACGGCGUGUGUGUCAGUGAUGAGCAACCUGCACCGCACUGUGGAGAACAGCCAGAGGUCUAAUCAG